AUGACAACAGAGAAGAGCUUGGCGGCGGACGCYGAGAGCCGCGAGCGGCAGCGAGCGAAGGAGGAGGAGGCAGCGGCCGAGCCGCAGGCGCCGGAGGCCCCGCGGGCGCCCGAGGCGCAGAGCCCGUCGGAGCCCGCGGCCCCYGACGGCGACCGGGCCGCGCACGACGAGCAGGGCAGGAAGGAGCGUCGCGCGUCCGAGGGCCGCGGCCUCUCCCGCCUCUUCUCCUCCUUUCUCCGGAGACCCAAGUCGCAGGUGUCCGAAGAGGACAGGGAGGCCGAUGGCCCGAAGGAGGGGCAGGCUGAGCAGAAGGAGCCGGCCGUAGCAGCCAGUCCCGACGAGGAGAUCCUGGUGAAGGCCCCCAUCGCAGCGCCCGAGCCUGAGCUCAAGACCGACCCGUCGCUGGAUCUCCACUCGCUGAGCAGCGCGGAGACACAGCCCGCUCAGGAGGACAGGAGGGACGAGCACGACCCGGACAGCAAAGACCUCGAAGGCAAGGAMGAAGGGGAAGGGAAGGAGGAACGCGCCAAACCCGAGCCCAAGAAGGAGACCCCAGAGCCAAAAGCAGACAAGGAUUUGAAAGCUACCCAGAGGGCUGUAAAAAGACACAGAAACAUGUACUGCAAAGUUGUCCUGCUGGAUGACACCAUCUUUGAGUGUUCUAUGGAUAAACACGCCAAAGGGCAGGAUCUACUUAAGAAGGUCUGUGACCACCUCAACCUCCUGGAAGAAGACUACUUUGGCUUGGCCAUAUGGGACACGCCGACCAUCAGGACGUGGCUGGAUCCUGCCAAAGAAAUAAAAAAGCAGGUUCAUGGAGGCCCCUGGGAUUUCACCUUCAAUGUCAAGUUUUAUCCACCGGAUCCUGCGCAGCUGACAGAGGACAUAACCAGAUACUACUUGUGUCUGCAGCUCAGACAAGACAUCCUAACGGGGCGGCUGCCCUGUUCCUUUGCCACUUUGGCUCUGCUGGGAUCUUACACGGUCCAGUCGGAGCUGGGAGACUACGAUCCAGAACUGCACAGCGCAGAUUAUAUCACAGAAUUUAAACUGGCCCCGAACCAGACUAAAGAGCUUGAAGAGAAGGUGGUGGAGCUUCAUAAAACRUACAGAUCCAUGACUCCAGCCCAAGCAGACCUGGAAUUUCUGGAGAAUGCCAAAAAGCUGUCUAUGUAUGGAGUUGACCUUCACCAAGCCAAGGACUUGGAAGGAGUGGAUAUCACUCUGGGAGUCUGUUCUAGUGGCCUUCUUGUUUACAAAGAUAAGCUGAGAAUCAACCGCUUCCCCUGGCCCAAAGUGCUGAAGAUUUCCUACAAACGCAGCAGCUUCUUUAUUAAGAUUCGUCCAGGGGAGCAAGAACAAUAUGAAAGUACAAUUGGGUUCAAGCUACCGAGUUACCGAGCGGCAAAGAAGCUGUGGAAAGUGUGUGUGGAACAUCACACGUUUUUCAGGCUGACGUCCACGGAGGCCAUCCCCAAGAGCCGCUUCCUGGCGCUGGGCUCCAAGUUCCGCUACAGCGGGCGGACGCAGGCGCAGACGCGGCAGGCGAGCGCGCUCAUCGACCGGCCCGCGCCGCAGUUCGAGCGCACGGCGAGCAAGAGAGCGUCCCGGAGCCUCGACGGAGCGAAACGUGCGACUCAAAAGGUUGAGUUCAGAGCCGUAAAGGAAGAGAAGCAGGAGGAGGUGGUGGUGGUUGAGGUUCCCGAAUCAAAACCCGUGGAUGAGUCCCGAGAGAAGCCAGCCAAGCGCACUCUAGAAAGCUUUGAAAUGAAACCCAUUGCAGAGGAGGAAGAGGAGGAGAAGGCAGAGGUGCUUACGGCUCCUGUUGCCGAGCCAGCCGUGCUGGAACCCAUACAGAACCUGUCAGGUACAACCGCAGCGGCGCCUGACGUUGGUGUGGCUGCCGCAGCCGCCUGUGUUGAGAUAAGUGCCCCRGAAGACAAGGAGGCAGCAGAAGACAAGUUGAUGGUGAUGAGAGGAGUAGAAGCAGUCCAGAAGGAGCCAGCCGUGGCGGCGGUGACGCCCGAGCGCAGCCCGCGGCCCACGUCGGCCCCCGCCAUCGCGCAGAGCCACGGCGCCACCGCGCCGCCCGCCGCCGCGCCCCGCGAGGAGGCCGCCAGGACCGAGACCAAGCGCCACGACGUCCCCACGGAGAAGGCCAAGCCGGAGGCGGCCAAGGUGGGGAAAACGCACACUGAGGUCACCGUACCCACUGCGGAUGGUGAUCAGCCCCAGCAGCAGCCUGCAGAGAAAGAGGAAGAACUGAUAAGAAUGAGGAAGAAAAGAUCAAAGAGGCUAGAUGGUGAAAACAUUUAUAUCAGGCAUAGCAAUUUAAUGUUGGAGGAUCUGGAUAAGACCCAGGAGGAGAUAAAGAAGCACCACGCCAACAUCAGCGAGCUCAAGAAGAACUUCAUGGAGUCCGUCCCCGAGCCGCGGCCGAGCGAAUGGGACAAGCGCUUGUCCGCCCACUCGCCCUUCCGCACCCUCAACGUCAACGGGCAGAUUCCCGGCGGAGCGGACGGACCACCGCUAGUGAAGACGCAGACAGUCACCAUCUCGGACGUGUCCAACGCUGUGAAAAGCGAAAUCCCCACGAAGGAAGUCCCCAUCGUUCACACGGAGACRAAGACCAUCACCUACGAAGCCGCACAGACGGAUGGCGGCAACGGAGACCUGGAUCCCGGCAUCCUGCUGACUGCUCAGACCAUCACCUCCGAAACCACGAGCAGCACCACCACCACGCAGAUCACCAAGACUGUAAAAGGUGGCAUUUCGGAGACGCGGAUUGAAAAGCGGAUCGUCAUCACAGGAGAUGCGGAUGUCGACCACGACCAGGUCCUGGCGCAGGCCAUAAAAGCAGCGAAGGAGCAGCACCCGGACAUGUCGGUGACCAAGGUGGUCGUGCACCAGGAGACGGAGAUCGCCGAGGAGUAGCGGGGCUGCGACAUGUUCCUUCCAGACAGAGCACGGCGGGGGAAGAAACCCAGCAAACCUACAGAGAAACUACCUGGAGCACCAAGACCUCAGCUUCGCCGGACGUACACUCAGCCGCUGAGCACUCAUAUCACGUAGUGGGAGUUGCGCUUUGACAUUUUACUUGGGAUUUUCCAGACUCCAAUGGAUCCUCUUGGAUAUAGUUUUUUUGUUGUUGUUUUUUAUAUAUAUAUAUAUAUAUAUAUAUAGUGACAAACAGUAUGCCAUAUUUCUAACUGUACUGAACAUUUUUUACAGGUUUUCAAUUUUGCAUUCCCUCUGCCGCAGUAGCCUCCUCAGCCAGGGCCCGCCCCGUCUCACAGGGCCCAAGGGGGCCGGGUUUUUUCUCCUUUCCCAAGUCUUUUCCCCCGCCGCCCGGUCGGGCGCAGCGGCGUUAACCCCCCGCGGGCACGCGCGCAGCGCAGACUUCACGCAGCAGAAGCUGCCGCCGGGUCCUUCUGCCGCAAGAGACGUUUUCAAGAGUCAGAUUGAGUUUGUGCAGCGUUUUUUUGCCCUUUGCUUAUUUUAGGACCUUGGCGACUCCGGAAGCGCUACCCGUAGGCUGAAUUUCCUCAGGGUUUCAGCCCGGCGCUGUUUGAUCAUAGUAGAGUUGGGUGGCCUAAGCAUAUCCCCCCCAUCCUAAUAGUCGACUUAGGUUUAAGGACUACUGGAAGUUGCUUGAGUAUCUGAUACUGUGAAUUGUAGAGCUUUAAGAGAGCUGCGCUAGGGCCCCGCGCCUUCUCCCGCGUAGCUCUGCCCCCUGCUCCCUCCCUGUUCGUGUUUCUUAGAUGCCAUUAAAUUAAAACGCCCUUAGAAGUGUGUGUUGAAGAUGUGUUGACUCUGGAUGCUAUUAAGGUAGGCAUAUGCCGCAUUCACAGUAACCGACUAUUUUUUUUUCAGUGUCAUAGUUUUUCCACUUGUUUGUGUUCUUGAGUUUUAAAUAAGUUUUUUAAGUCACUUUUUUCCCCCCGUCUCCUCUCAGUGCUAUUUAAAGCCAAACACAUUACCCACAUAUCAGGACAAAGGUGUUGUAACCUACUCUCGUUUACUUUAAAACCCCUCUAGACGAUCCCUCUGCGACGUGGAGGCUGCUUUGGGGGAGGCCGGACGCGACACCUUGGUUGGUGGCGAGUUGUGCUCGCUGCGGUACCGUCGGCUUCUUGCCAAAUGCAGACCUGCCUCUUCCAACGCUGCUUUGGGGGCUCCUGUUUUGGCCUGGUGGCCGCCCCGCUGGGAUGACAGACCAGGGCUGGAGCAGCUGCAGCUUCAGGCUUAGCUUCCAGACCGCCUACAAAUGACUUUUUAACCAGCACCUGAUGCACCGCUUGCUUGUGCAAUUGCAACGACUGGAGCAUCUGCA